GCAACUUGUAAACAUUUGUUGGUGUUCACGUUGCAGAGAGUUGGGGAAAUGGAGGGAGGCAACCAGAGUAAAAGUUCAGAGUUCCUUCUCCUGGGAAUGUCAGAGAGUCCUGAGCAGCAGCAGAUCCUGUUUUGGAUGUUCCUGUCCAUGUACCUGGUCACGGUGGUGGGAAAUGUGCUCAUCAUCCUGGCCAUCAGCUCUGAUUCCCGCCUGCACACCCCCAUGUACUUCUUCCUGGCCAACCUCUCCUUCACUGACCUCUUCUUUGUCACCAACACAAUCCCCAAGAUGCUGGUGAACCUCCAGUCCCAGAACAAAGCCAUCUCCUAUGCAGGGUGUCUGACGCAGCUCUACUUCCUGGUCUCCUUGGUGGCCCUGGACAACCUCAUCCUGGCCGUGAUGGCGUAUGACCGCUAUGUGGCCAUCUGCCAUCCCCUCCACUAUGUCACAGCCAUGAGCCCUGGACUCUGUAUCUUGCUCCUCUCCUUGUGUUGGGUGUUCUCUGUCCUCUAUGGCCUCAUCCAUACCCUCCUCAUGACCAGGGUGACCUUCUGUGGGUCCCGAAAGAUCCACUACCUCUUCUGUGAGAUGUACGUCCUGCUGAGGCUGGCGUGUUCCAACAUCCACAUCAACCACACCGUACUGGUUGCCACGGGCUGUUUCAUCUUCCUCAUCCCCUUAGGUUUCACGAUCACGUCCUAUGCCCGCAUUGUCACAGCCAUCUUCCGAAUACCCUCAGCCACUGGGAAGUACAAAGCCUUCUCCACCUGUGCCUCCCAUUUGGCUGUGGUCUCCCUUUUCUAUGGGACUCUGGGUAUGGUGUACCUGCAGCCCCUCCAAACCUACUCCAUGAAGGACUCAGUAGCCACAGUGAUGUAUGCGGUGGUGACACCCAUGAUGAACCCCUUCAUCUACAGCCUGAGGAACAAGGACAUGCAUGGGGCUCUGGGAAGACUCUUCCAAGGAAAAGCCUUCUGGAAGUUGACAUGA